CUUUUUAUUUAAAAAUAUAAUUAUUGUUAUGGCAAAUUAAGCAACAGCAGUAGCAUAUGCAGCUCUUCUAUUAGCUGGAUCCAAUACUCCAUUAACAGUUUAAAAUGUUGAAAAACUUACAAAAAAAGUAUUAAUUAAAUGAAAUAUUUUCAUAGGCUGGUGUGAAUGUCCCAAAUCAAUUAGCAAGCUAAUUCGUCAAAGCCUUUGAAGGAAAAGACAUCAUAAGUCUUCUUUCAGUUGGUGGAGGUUCAAGCUCAGCACCAGUUGCUUAAUCAACUUAAGCUGCUGCCAAACCAACUGAAGCACCAAAAGUUGCUGAAAAACCAAAAGACCCAGAACCUGAAGAAGAUGUUGAUAUGGGAGGUUUGUUUGAUUGACAUAAAAUACAAUAGUACAUUAAAAUAUAUUAAACUUUGCAAAUUAUUAGGG